AAUUUUAUUUAAUUAAUAGAUUUAAUGAAAUUUAACAUUCCUUUGAAUUUCACAAUUUCGAGGUGAAAAACCUAAGAAUAUAACAGGGUAUUUCUUAAUAAAUUCCUUUCUUGGACAAACAGUUUGUUGACCUUUGGAGAAAUAUCUAGAAAAUAUAAAAGAAUAAAUUGCCCAAUAUAAGGAGUGGUGCAUCCAAGUCACUGAACUCGGAUCACGCCACUGCCUAAAUCUGCAAGCUUGCAGAAUUGGCUUGGCAACAGUCAAGUGCAAUAAACUUAACAUACGAUUUCCCCACUAAAUCGUCUUUCAAUAAAAUUGAUUGACACUGGGAAAUCUGGGCAGUUUAAGCCAGGCCGUUGUAGCCGGCAGUUAGCCCGGGCAGUUUGGGCCCGCAGUUUAGUCCAGGUCGUAGUCACCUGUAGUUGUAGCCGGCAGUUUUGGCCAGGCAAUUCUAAGUCCGGCAAUCGGCCGUGUUCAAUUAAAUUUUGUAAUCCCUGAGCAAGGGAUUUCCUUAGAAGUUAACGGGUUUAAUAAAAAGUUUGAUCAGAAAAGUGAAUUUGAAUUGAGAAUAAAAAUAUAAAGAAAUAAAAAGUAAAGAAAGGUUGAAUUUAAAAGUUAUAUUGAGAAUAAUAAAAGUGACAAGUGAAAAAGUAAAAUAAUUAAAAGAAAAUAUAGAAAAUAAAGUCUUUAUUUUGUGCAAUAAAAGGAAUAUUAAGGUUCAAGACGAAAUAUCAAUCUAGUGAACCUAGAUUGGGUAUUUCUUUAGUUUUUCGGAGAUACAACGCGAAAUUUACGAAGUCAGAACGUGUCAUUGGAUUAAUAUUUCAAGGAGAUCGAAUUACUGAGUAUGACAAUUUUCGAGUUCGAUAAAAGAUUCAGCGCUUUUGGUUCGGAUUUUAUUUACUACGAUUAUAACGAACCCUUAAAUUUUCCUUCACAAUUAAAGGAAAAUUACGAUUUAGUAAUAACAGAUCCGCCUUUCUUGUCUGAAGAAUGUUUCACGAAAACUGCUUCAACAAUCAAAUCAAUAGCGAAAGAAAAAAUUAUAGUCUGCACAGGUGCAAUUAUGGAAGAACACGUUGAAAAAUUAUUGAAUUUAAAAAAAUGUGAAUUCUUACCAAAACAUAAAAAUAAUCUAGCAAACGAAUUUUUCUGUUACGCAAAUUUCAGUCUCGAUAAAUAUUUGAAAUAAAUAAUUUUAUAAAUA